AUGGACAACGAACUAGUGUUUGAUAACGUGAAAUUUGAGAAAGCGAAAGCAAUUGCUAGGUACAAUCGGUUUCAAAAUAUGAUGAAGAUGCUGCAAAUUUUCGAAGUGGUUGUGGCGGUUGUGUUGAUUUCCUGGUCCUGGACUCGUGUUCCGGUGGCCGUUAAACUCUCCGGCGAGGUUUUGGUUCAAGUCUCGGCUUUUCUGUUUAAGCCUCACGUCGUUUUUCUCAUCGGCAACGGUAUUAUCGUUGCAAUCGUGGUACUCUGCCGUCAAACUGACGCCGGAAGCAACGACUCCGUUACGGAUGAUAUCCUCAGCGAAGAAAUUCUCCAUAACGAAGUUCAACAGCCGAUCGUCACCGCUACAUGCGGCGGCGAUGUGCCGAUUCUAUCCUGUGAUUCUUCGCCGGUGACGGCGGAGCCUAGUGUUGCAACUACCGAAGAUAAACAGGUCGUUUCCUCGGAGUUGAAGGUUCCGGAGAUUCAAAGCAAUGACGUGGCAACGGCGAUAGAUACAGCGACGAAGCAGAUACAGAAGUUUAAAAGGAGUCAAUCGGAGAAAUUGAAGCGAGAAAUAGCGACGGCGAGUUCACACCGAGAGCUCCGGCGUUCGGAAACAGAUAUGCGGCGGUUAGUCGUCCGUCCCGGCGAUAGGAAAUCAACGGUACCAGUGGAAGCCGUGGACACACUGAGCAACGAAGAAUUUCGGCAUACAAUUGAAGCUUUUAUUAAGAAGAAUCAAAUAUUCUUUGAAAAACAGAGGUUAGCUGAAGCAGAGCCUGAAAAGUAUGAACGAAUCGGUAUCAAAGCCUUUUGA